AUGGUGCCAAGAAGUCUUUUUACUCUGUUUAGCAGUUAUGGUGUGGUGAAGGACGUCUUCAUUCCAAACAAAAGGAGGAAAGCUACUGGAUCAAGAUUUGGGUUUGUUCGAUAUGACUGUCCAAUAGCAGCAAGGGUAGCAGUCCAGAAAGCAGACGGAAUCUGGUGUGAUAAUAAGAGUUUGAAAGUGAGAAUAGCGGAGUUCGGAAGCGAUGCUCAGUAUCCAAAGAAGAAAGAGGUUAGAAAAGGCAAGAUUAUACAGAUGGAACAAAGGAUGCACAGUAAGCUUACAUCAGGGGGCAAUGGUCAGAGAUCUUUUGCUGAUUUAGUCCAAGAAGAGUACAUCAAACGAGGACUAAAGGAGGUGAGCAUGAAAGAUGGUGAUGGCCGUAUAGCACUUCUAUCCUUCAAGUCAGUGGAACAUCUGAAGGAAUGGAAGGGUAGACUAGAGGAAUGGAUAUAUGAGUGGUGUGAAUCAAUGGACGAAUGA